GCUCCCUCCCUCCGCCCGCCCCGCCCGCAGCACGGCGGCGGCGGCGGCAGCGGAGCGCGGUCGGAGCGGCGCCCACAGCCGGCCCGGCCGGGCCGCUCCGCCGCCACCGCGGGAAGCGCUCGUUGCCAGGGAGGAAAAGGCAAAGUCAGCACCAUUUCCUUCGAGCUAAAGAUGUUGAGACAAAGCACCUCUGCCCCUGCCCUGUCCUUUCAGUCCUUCUGCUGCUGGGAGCUUUCCACACCCCGAGGCUGUCCCUGCACAUCCCCCGAGGAGCUGGCAGGGCCCAGCCUUUCCUGGGGGAACAUGGACUGACAGAGGAGCUUUGCCAGCCCCCAGCUGCCAGCACCCUUUGCCUGCACCCUGAUGGACUCCGAGGCAGGACUGCAUUACCAUGGUGAUGAUCUUAACCAAAACUCGGGAAAACAAAGGUGCUGACUCUGUAACAUGCGGGACUGAGCUGCACACUCCAAAGAUGAGUCAAGGACCUACCCUCUUCUCUUGUGGCGUGAUGGAAAAUGACAGAUGGAGAGAUCUCAGCAGGAAAUGUCCGCUGCAGCUCGAGCAGCCGGGCGCCAGCAUCUGGGACUGCCUGUCGGAGCAGGCCGCCGAGGGCCCGCGCUGGCCCCGGGACGCGGCGGGCGCCAGCUCCGUCACCAACCUCAUCAAGGACCUGAGCCUCAGCGACCGCCACGGCCACCCCGCCGCCCCUCCCAGCAAGCGCCAGUGCCGCUCGCUGUCCUUCUCGGACGAGAUGUCGGGCUGCGGCACCUCGUGGAGGCCGCUGGGCUCCAAGGUGUGGACGCCGGUGGAGAAGAGGCGCUGCUACAGCGGCGGCAGCGUGCAGCGCUACUCCAAUGGCUUCGCCACCAUGCAGAGGAGCUCCAGCUUCAGCCUGCCCGCCCGCUCCAACGCGCUCUGCGGCGAGCACCCCGCGCUCCUCGCCGGCCGCCCGGGCGGGCAGCCCAGGAAAUCGGCCACCGGAGGGCUCGGGGCGGGCGGGGUGGACAUUCAGAGGUCGCUGUCGUGCUCCGAGUACGGCGCGCCCUCGGCCAGCAGCACGCCCGCCUCCACGCCGGAGCUGGGCCGCCGCGCCGCCGGCCUCUCCCGCAGCCGCUCCCAGCCCUGCGUGCUCAACGACAAAAAGGUCGGCGUCAAGCGGAGGAGGCCGGAGGAGCUCCAGGAGCAGCGGCCCUCGCUGGACCUGGCCAAGAUGACCCAGAACCGCCAGACCUUCAACAGCCUCACCUGCCUUAGCACCACGGCCGAGGACGGCUCCCCGCGGCUCUCCGGGGCCGGGGAGCAGCCGUGGCCCGCGGGCCCGGAGGUGAUGCCGGGCAGGACCCCCGCCUGCACCCCGGUCCCGGAGCCGCCGCGGGCCAGGCCCGAGGAGCGCCGCGCCAGCAGGGACGACCUGUCCUGCGAGGAGGAGGAGGAGAGCGCCGGCAAGGAGGAGGACAGGGCGGGCUGGCGGAGCGGCGGGACGGGCACCGAGAGCCUCUUCCAGCUGGACGGCGAGAUAGACAUCGAGCAGAUAGAGAACAACUGAGGCGGGAGCGGCUCCUGUCGCCCUGGGGGCUGCGGGCUGCCGGCAGAGCCUGGAGCGCUCCUCGUUGCCAGCGAGUUUAGUGGGAUUCUGUCACUGCUCCCCUCCUGCCAGCUGGAGGGGACGAAGCAGCUUUGCCAAAAUUUCAUCAGGUAUUUAGAGGAAUUCGUGUGCAUGCGUGUGUAAAUCUUGAAAUUCUUUGUAACUACUGUAGCCAGAGAUCAGCCAGUCGGAGGAAAGUGCCUGUCCCAGGGGGAGAGCAGGCACGGGGAUCGCCAGAGUCUCGGAGUCCACGAGUAAAUGGCUUUUGCCGGGAGAGGGGUGGAGCUGAUGUAGCUCCCACAGGUCCCACCCGUGCUAGUCCAGAGAGGGGUGCACAAGAAGAAACCACCACCCCUAGGACUAGAGAAAGGGAGGGAGAAGCGGAAUAUUGAGAUUUGCAAAGCGAGCACUGGCUGGUGGCUGCCGGGGUGGCCGCGGUUCCUUUCUCCGGCCGCAUCCCGUGCAGCCCCAGCACCGCCCUCGCUCCCCAUGUCCCUGGCAGUGCUGUGAGAAGGAAAUCACAAGUGAAGUGUUUUGCUAAAAUUUAAUAAUGGCAAGAGCUGGAUUUUUACUCCUUUAUUUUUAGUUUUCCUUUUCCUGGUGAGGAAUUAAACAGAUCCCUGGCCCAUGCAGGGCGCAUCCACAGCAGCGCUUGCUGGGUGCUGCACAGGGAUGCUCAAAUGCCUUCCUUCCCUAUUUUUUUUCUUCCCAGCCCCCUCUCUCAACUCUUUUGGGAAAUAAAACCCUACUCAGGCUCGGUGCCACCCUCAUUUGGGUUCCCAACACCCUGUUUAAGCAGGGCUGGGCUGUUUACCCAUUCACCAGCAGCUGUGCCUGCUUUGCUGCCCAGGGCACGGCUGCCACCCUCUUUUUUUUGGCUUUACUGUGAAGGGCUGCCUGCCCGAGGCACGUCGUGGAGGGGUUACUUGACAAAGUCAGCUGGCAAAAGGCUGAAAAUCCAGGUAGCAGCACUGAAAGCUUUUCCUCUUCCUGUGCCUUUUUAAAGCACAGAUAAAGUGGUGACCAUUAUGUUUGUAUGAUAUGAAUUCUCUUUGCUAAAAAUAAGCUGUCCACUUGCUAACAGGUUUAGAAGGACACUUUUUUUUUUUCUCCCUCUGGGUUGGUUUUUUUAUUAUUAUUAUUUGUUUGUUUAAAGCUCUAGGAAAGUUCUACAAAUGGCUUCCAGCAUCUUCUGGAUUCCUUCUGCUGGUUCCUUCAAGCUCAGGGGUCACUUCCCGAGCUUUGCAAACGCAAGAAAGGAAAAAACCCAUCAAUACCAAGAGCAGUUGAGGACAGGACAUUUUUAAUGGGGUUCAGCACCCCUGCUGGCAAUGCCUUGAGGGUCCAGAACUCAGACAGGCUGAGAGCUGCUGGUACAGGUUUCAUUCAUCAUUUCUGGUUAUGUUAGUGCACUUUUUUCCGCAGUGGUUUGGGAUGUGUGUGGCAUCUCCCACCACAGUGGAACCCAUCGGUUUUUACCCCUGUCCUGGCACUGCUGAGGUUUUGCUGGUGGCUGUGGCCGUGUCCACUCCCUCCAGACAAGCAGGAUGAGCCCCAGAUAUUCGGGGAGGGGAUAACAAAGAUAUCUUUUCAUUUUGGGGAACCCUCCAGCUCUUAGAAGAAAAUAUAUCCUGGGUUAGUUUUUAUCCCUCCUGUUGUGGAGGGCCCAGCCAUGGCAGUGUUUCCUCAGGCUGCUGCCCCUCUGCCCUGCAGCCGCCCCCUCACAGCACAGUUCUUGGCUCUGAGUCUUCCUGAUGCUCCAUCCAUCCCUCCCACCACUGGCACGCCCUGGUCUCGGGGCUCACAGCUCCUGCUGGCCACAGGCCCCUCCUCAGCUGAGCAACCAAGGGCAAAUCCACCCAAAUCCCGUCCGGCCGCCGCCGCAGAGCUCCGGGUGGGCCUGCGUGGGCAUCCCCAGGGCUGGAACUCCUAAGGGCUUCUGUUUUCUUUCCAAGGGCUGCUCCUGGUGCCACGCUGACCCCCAGAGCGGGAAGUUGGCCAAUGGACCGUGGCCCAGCUGUCCUGGACCUGGUGGCCAACGGGCCACGGCCCAGCUGUCCUGGACGUAGCUGUAGCAUUCAGUUUACAUUCAGCACAACCCGUUUGCCUUACUAAAAACGCUUCUCCAAUGAGUCAUGGCCUUACACUGGGCACGUUGGCGUAGGCACAGACUACAGUUAGCGACAGUUCUGAGGCCACCGUGGUGUUCUGUUGGGUAUUUCUUGUUGGGUUUGUAUGAUUUCACGUACUUAUUCUCAGUUUAAGAAAGCCUUACUUUUAAAAUUUCUCUCUUUCUCUUUCUCUCUCUCUCUCUGUAGAGGUAAAACAUUUGUGGAUUUAUAUAUAUAUAAAUAUAUAUAUAAAUAAAGUAAUUAAAAAUAUUAAAUAUAAUAUAGUAUGUGCCUCAGAUUCAGGGGACAUCCUGUUGAUUGUAAAGUCAGAAGUGGCGUUGCUCCCCUGGUGUCAGGAGAUCAUCCCCUAGGCAGUGGGAGAGCAGGGCAUCCCCUGGGGGUCUUGCUCUUGGUUUGUAAAGGACUUCACCUAUUACACAGAUGCUUUGGGAACCCCCCAAAUCCCCUGGAAAACUCCUGCCAGCUGCCAGAAUGUGAUACUAAAGUCAUAUGCAGACAAGGGAUGUUAUUCCUUGCUAGGUAGCUAAAAUAGGCUCAUUAUUGUGAAGGGACUCAGUGGCUUGUCCAAGGUGUGACCCAGUCUGGGCAGCAGCCGUUUUGGGAUGACACCAAAGCUGUGGCAGCAGCAAUAAAGGUUCUUCAUCCUGAAAAAAAGAUAGGAUUUUAACACAGAAAGUCUUAGCAGGCACACAGGAGUUUGCUGCGUGUUUUGCAGAUGUAGCUCUUUGAGCCUGCCCUAUGAAAGAGUACAUUAAAAAAAAAAGAAACCAACAAAAAAAGCGUUUGUAAAAUAGACUGUAAUUUUUCCACGUGCUAGCAUAGCCUGUUUGGCCAAUAAAGUUGUGUUUCAAGUGCAUUGUUUGAAGCUCCUGGCUGCCCAGGCGAGCAGACUGACGUAGGAUGUUCUAGGAUUGUAGCAGUGCUUUGCGGCGUGUGUGGGUUCGGUGUUCCAGAAAGAAAGAGGAUGGCCAAAUUAAAAAAAAAAAAAAAACAACAAAACAAAUGGGAAGAAGAAUACAAACAAAGCCUUCUGAAGCUAUGACCUGUAGUAGCCAAGUCUCGCUGGCAAUUGCACAAGCGCCGCGGGCCUUGUGUGUCCCGGGAGGGGCCGCCCGAGGUGUCCCCUCCGCGGGCGGGCGAGGAGGCUGCUCCUGCCCCUCCAUGACUUGAUUGCACUAGAGCAGCUCAAUCUCAGGAAAUUGCUUGUUACUUUUACUGUGUAAAUAAAGCUUCCUGGUUCAAUAA